AUGGUGCGAAUUCGUGGUUCAGUUGCCUACUUUCUUGCUGUGGCAAACACAACUGCAUAUGGUGCGGUGGACCAGACAGCGUCCGGCAACUGUCAACAAGCAUGUGCCCGACUCUCCACUGACUUCGGACCUUUGCUUCACUACCCCGACAGCGACAAUUUUACAAUCUGGGACGCGAAGCAACAGGAAGUUCACCCGGCCUGUCGCGUUGAGCCUUCUAGUGCCACAGAUGUCUCUAAUAUCCUGUCCAUUCUCGUGGACUACUGGUGCCACUUUUCUGUAAAGGGCGGCGGUCACUCUAGAAAUCCUGGGGAUUCCAAUUCAGUGGGCGGUGUUACUGUGGACCUAAACCGGAUGAGAAACGUUGAAGUGCUGGAAGAUGCCUUGGAAUCUCAGAAUCUCUCAUUCGUUGGCGGCAGGGUAGGCACUGUUGGCAUGGGGGGCUUUACACUGGGCGGAGGAACAUCCCCAUUGUCAAACAAGUAUGGCUGGGCACUGGAUAAUGUUUACGAGUAUGAGGUUGCACUUGCCAACGGUACAAUCACCAUUGCCUCUGAGUCUCACAAUCCGGACCUUUACUUCGCUCUCCGGGGUGGCGGUAACAAUUUCGGCAUUGUCACGAGCUUUACUGUUCGCACGUUUGCUCAGGGGCCUGUCUUCACAAGCAUGUCAUCCUACUCUGCCAAUCAGUCUGAGCAAGUCCUUGACAAAGUGUAUGACCUAUACACAGAUAAGAACCUUACCAGUGAUGUUGAGCUAGGUUAUGACCUGUAUUACACCUACGUCUCUGACACUAAUGAGUUUACCUUGAUGGGCACCCAGCGCUAUGGGAAGCCAGUUCGGAACCCCCCGGUCUUCCAUGCAAUCGACCAAAUACCAACAUUAAGUCGGUCCACAACCAUUGGCACCUUUAGCAGCCUGGUGAACGAGUCUACCCCAAUGGGUAUUACCCGGAAUCUGUUCGCUACACUGAGCAUCUCUCCAUCACGUUCCCUGCUCUCGCAAGGCCUCCAGAUCUUCCAGCAAGAAGUCGAGGCUCUUAGAACCGUAUCCGGUCUCGUUCCAAACUUUAUCUGCUACCCGCUGCAAAGCAAUGCAAUCGCGGCCAUGAAGCAAAGAGGCGGUAAUGCUCUGGGCAUUGAGCGCGACGAACCACUUUUCAUUAUCUUAAUUUCUACAGCGUGGUCCCACAGCCGCGAUGAUGCCUCCGUCGAGAAGAUGACUUUAAACAUCAUUCACAGACUCGAGGUGGCGGCUAAGGAUUCGGGGGUUGCGAACCGAUAUUUGUACAUUAACUACGCGUCUGCUACACAAGCCAAUGCGGUCUUUGCUGGUUACGGCAACAAGAAUGUGCAGAAACUGAAGGCAGUCCAGAGGGCAGUAGAUCCACACGGUAUCUUCACCUCCAAGGGCUUAUGGAGGGGGUUUUUCAAGCUGCAAUAGUGUGACGAUGGACAUUUGUGAUAGUUGAGAUUUUGGUUAAAUGGCGGACAUUAUGCCUAUCAACUAUCGAUGCAGUGCAAAAAUGUCUUGUCAUUUAUAUGGAGUGUUCGUUGAGUACAAUUUAAAUCUGGUUUCGCGACUAGUCUUUUUUGCACUAGAAUAUGGCACUGCCGGCUGAAGAUACUAGCCUAUCUGGCUGCCAUGGCUUGAUGCUAGUAGAUAAAACAGUUAGCUUCAUUCCUUUAUAAGCUAGGCAGCCUAUUGACGAGAAAAUCCAAUUUAGAGAAGGAGAAAAGCUAUCCAGGCGACAAGGUAUACACUGUAUAAAUCACCCUAGCAGGACACGAUAACGUUGAGGUGAUAGUCGCCAGUCAUAUAUCAGUUAAGACAAGUGCAUAUACUGAAAGCAGAAGUGUAUAUAUUACUGCAUUGGUUUUCUUUUG